GUUUAUACUACGCAACACUUCGCCUACGCGUUUCGCUCGCGUUUACCUUUCUCUUUUGUAAAUAUUUCUUUUGUAUUCUCUGCAAAUUCUGCGUCCGCCCACCGUGUUCUCAAACUCCACCUUAUUUCUCUCUCCUCAUUUACCCUAUUCCGGUUUUUAUUAGCUUCCUACCUCUCUCCGAAUAUACUUGUCAAAAAACAUCUUUUCCCUUUAGUUAUUUAUUAGGGUCUAGGUAAUUGUGUAGGAUACAUUGAUGUCAAAAAUUCACCUCUUCUUCAUUCUUUUAUAGUCUUAGGCUUUAUGGUUUAAUUUGGUGAAUUAUUUGGGAUCAAUUUAUAAUGAAAACAUCGGGCAAAUUCUUCACGAUAGCGCUGGUAGCAGCAUGGUAUUCAUCAAACAUUGGGGUUUUAUUACUGAACAAGUAUUUGCUAAGCAAUUAUGGUUUCAAAUACCCAAUUUUCCUCACAAUGUGUCAUAUGACUACUUGCUCUUUAUUCAGCUACAUAGCCAUUGCUUUGAUGAAAAUUGUUCCAAUGCAGACUAUAAGAUUUAGGGUUCAGUUUAUGAAGAUCUCUGCUUUGAGCCUCGUCUUCUGUGGCUCUGUGGUUAGUGGCAAUAUUUCACUUAGGUACUUGCCUGUUUCAUUCAAUCAGGCUAUUGGUGCUACUACGCCAUUUUUUACUGCUGUUUUUGCCUAUUUGAUGACACUGAGGAGGGAAUCCUGGUUGACUUAUGCUACUCUCCUUCCUGUUGUCGCCGGCGUUAUCAUUGCGGCGGGGU